AUGGCGACGGCCGACACAGCGCCGCCGCUGACCAUCCAGCCGCCCGCUAUCGAGCCGCUCUCCGACGACGACGGCUCCAGCCCUCUGUCUGAUCUCGGCGGUUCUCAGAACGACCUGGACCACCUCGAGGACAGCCCCAAUGUCACCAACAACGACCUCAGCUCCGAGGACGAGGAAGGAGAAGAGGAGGAAGAGGAGGAAGACGACGACGAAGAAGCCAACGACACCGAGGCCGAGACAGAGCGCCUCUACCCUACCCCCCAGAAUCCUACUCGUCACAGGGACGCCCCGACCGACGGCCACGCGGUCGACAGGACGCCCACGAAGCUCCGCCAAACCGCCAUUGUCGACGACGAUGACGACGAGCCUCUUUCUGAGCUACAAAUGUCCAUCGCUUCAAGCCCACCUGGCGUCCGCAGUUCCGGCCCUCCUACGGUCGAGAAAUUGCCCUCGCCCACGCUGGACAUCCUAGCCGAGGCAGCUGCUACUCAGGACUCGGAGAAUCGCAAGCGGAAACGAUCCUCGCUGCCCGCCGAGCUCGCCGACCCUGACCAGCCUUCGCGGAAGCGCUCGGCGUCGGCCGCCGCCGCCGAAGCAGAGGACCGAGACGGCGACGUUGCAAUGGCCGACGACGAAGACCCGUCGACCAACACCAACAGCGGAGACGAAGCCGUCACGGUGCCUGCGGUCGACCCAGAGCUCGACGAGCAGCUGAAUGACGCCGACGCUGAGGCGCAGAUUGAGCAGGAAUCGCGAGCGCGGAAGCAGACUCGUGGCGGCUCCAAGAAGCGCAGGGCCGCGCGAACAGAGAGCGAUGAGUCCCCGGAGGAGACUGCAGAUGGCACUACCGCCGAAGAAGAGGGAGCACAUACAGGUGACGACGAGCGCAUAGACCCCGACGUCGACGAGGAAGCCGAGGCCGCCGAAGCAGCGCAACGGAACGAAGAAGAGCGUAGGGGAGAUCCUGGUACCCCUGCUGCACCGUUGAAGCUGACACACAUGACAGUCGAGCGGAAGAGAGCCGCCUUUGAACAACUGACCAGCAUAGAGAGGCGUUUCGCUACGUUCAGAGACAGGUUAUACGAGGAGAGACUAGAGCAGCUGAACAGAGAGGAGGCCAUGCUGAAAGCCGACAACCCUACACAUCCCGAAUACCUGGCCAUGAUGGAAUGCAUAGACGCCCGAAGAGACGACAAGCUCCGGGUGGCAGAGAAGGCGUACGAGCUCAACAUGGAGUCCCUUGGCAGAUGGGCUGUGGCGCGACGUGCGCAGAUACACUCGCAAUACUACCAAGACGUCCGAGAGGGCCGUGAGCGGGUCAUUGCCGAACUCAGCCAGCAUUGGUAUGCGAUACAGCACGAGAGGAGGAAGCAUGUCAACAACGUACAUGACUUCGGCCUCCGGUACCCGCAGACCCAGUCGCAACGGGUCCGCGAAGCAAUGGCCUAUAACAAGGAAGUCUCCAUCCUGUCUGGCAUCGCAAAGUACGAGGGCAUGCCCGCUGCGCCAGACAUGCGUGGCGCAACCUUUGACGAGCUGGACGACGAUUUCGAGGCCAUGAUGCGAGGAAGAGGGCCAGCACCGCCUACGCAGCAGGCGCCGAGACCAGUGUACUCUGACUAUAGAGGCCUUCCCUUCAACCAGGGGCUAGGCGCGGCCGGAGAACAGUUCAUUGAACAAACACCGUGGGCCAAUCCCAAUCAUCCAUCCAACGCCCACCUUCUCCAGCGUCAACAGUCGGCGCAAGAGCACCGGAAGCGCAGCCCGCUGCCCGAAGCAUCGGGUUCGCGUCGGCAUUCGCAUCAGGCACACCCCUUCUCUUCGAGCACCAUCUCCACUACGUCCAACUACACGCCGUACAACGGCAACUCGACGGCGCCCAAGAGCGUACCGAGGCAACCGACGAACUCGCCCGAGGUGACGCGAGCUGCCAGUCUGCUUGAGCAAACGAGCGCGAGGAGCAUGAAGGCGGCGGCGGCGGCGGCAGCAGCAGCAGCAGAGGCAGAGCAAGGGAGAGCCGUUAAGCGUGAAGUGGCCCCUCCCGUCGGUGGCUUUUGA